UCCAGGAUGAGUUGGUGAUAGACAUGGAGAAGUCAACACACGAGUUUGGUACCGAUACAGAAGAUGUGAAUAUUCAUAAGAAAUGCUCAGUUGCCACCAGAAAUGACUGGAGUAUGAGAGAAAAGGAAUUUAAUGUAUAUAGCUGUAAUUUCUGCCUACAGAGCUUUCCUUCAAAAUACAGGCUCAUAAAGCAUGUGUUUAUCCACAUUGAUGGCACACAACCACCCUUGUAUGUUUGUAACUGGUGUGGUGACGUAUUUCCAAAUAAUGUUAGUUUGAAAAAACAUUUGUUAAUGGGUGAGAAUUAUCAUGUCUUAACCGAUGGCAGCCAUGAAAAGAAUGGCUAUAGUGAUGAGCAUCAAAGCAGUAUCUUCUUGGAUAGUGAGCCAGAAGUUUCGAUUAGAGAACACAAUGAGCAGUCUUCAAAUAAGGAAACUUGGAAAGCUACAAAGAAGUCUUCUAAUGACAUGUGUAACACACACAUGACAAAUGAUGCAGAGAAAUCAAGUGAUUAUGUAACAUUAUCUAUAGCUGUUAAUGUCAGUGCCCAAACUGAUGUACUUACUGCAAACAGAACCCACAGAUGUGUUAUUUGUGGCAAAUUGUUUGCUAGCUCACAUAAUCUCAAGAGACACACACUCAUACAUGCCGGGAAAAGACCUCACAAAUGUGAGAUUUGUGGUAAAUCUUUUGCUUCCUCAGACUAUCUCAGAAAACACACAUUAAUUCACAAUGGAAAGAAACCGCACAAAUGUGAAAUUUGUGGGAAAUCUUUUAUUGUGUUACGCAGUCUCAAGACACAUAUUUUAUUUCACACUGGAAAGAAACCGCAUAAAUGUGAGAUUUGUGGGAAAUCUUUUACUGUGUUAGGCGAUCUCAAGAAACACACAUCAAUUCACACUGGAAAGAAACCUCAGAAAUGUGGUAUUUGUGGUAAAUUGUUCGCUAGGUCAGGUGAUCUCAAGAGACACACAUUCCUACAUACCGGGAAAAGACCUCACAAAUGUGAGAAUUGUGGGAAAUCUUUUGCUAAGUCAGACUAUCUGAAGGCACAUUUAUUUAUUCACCCUGGAAAGAAACUGCACAAAUGUCAAAUUUGUGGGAAAUCUUUUACUGUGUUACGCAGUCUCAAGACAUACACAUUAAUUCACACUGGAAAGAAACCGCACAAAUGCAAUAUUUGUGGAAAAUCUUUUGCUAGAUCACAUUGUCUCAAGAGACACACAUUAAUUCACACUGGAAAGAAACAGCACAACUGUGAUAUUUGUAAAAAAUCUUUUACUAUGUCAGACCAUCUCAAGAGACAUCUAUUACUUCACACUGGAAAAAGGCCUCACAAAUGUGAGAUUUGUGGAAAAUCUUUUACUAUGUUAGGCGAUCUCAAGAACCACACAUCAGUUCACACUGGAAAGAAACCUCAUAAAUGCGGUAUUUGUGGCAAACUGUUUGCUAGGACAGGUGAUCUCAAGAGUCACACAUUCAUACAUACCGGGAAAAGACCUCACAAAUGUGAGAUUUGUGGGAAAUCUUUCGCUAAGUCGGGCUGUCUCAAGACACAUUUAUUAAUUCACACUGGAAAGAAACCUCACAAAUGUGGAAUCUGUGACAGAAGUUUCACUCAGUUGGGUACUCUGAAGAAACAUGCAUUACUCCACUUCAGAAAGCAACUACAAGGAAGUGUUAGUUCAAGGAAAUAGGCAUCCCUGAUUGGUGCCCUCAAGGCUUAUAAAAUAAUGGAUGUAUCAGGGAGACAUUAAAUUGUAAUGCCUGUGAAAUAACAUUAGAAUGUGGUAGAACAGUGAAAAAAUGUGCAAUAAUGUGUACUAUUGAGUGGUAGCAGAUAAUGUGACAAUAUAAAAAUCCACAUCUGUAGCUUCGAAUGUAUAUAAACUGUAUUACUCCAGAGACAUGAAUCAAAUAUGUUUUUGUCAUUAACACUGCUGUUUUUACCUGUCAAUCUUGAGACGAAAAGAUUGUGAAUUGUGAUAAAUCCUUCAACUAUGUCAUUAAUCAUAAGGCCAAGGAAAUGUGAUGACUUUCUGCUUAUUAUUCCAAACAUAGGCAUCAUGUAGUACUGGUAAUCUGCAAUUCAGGAACAGUGACAGCAAAAAUAUAUUCAUGGCACUUCCUUCACUCAACACUGGAGAAACAUGAUUAUGGCAAUAAAUUUACUCAGA